AUGUUCUCUGUCAACUCUACUCCUCUAGGUAUUCCUCAGCACUCUCUGGGUCCAUCAUUAGCUACUUUAUCGAUAGAAGUCAGCUAUCCAUUCCAUUCGCAUCUUAUCGGCAGAUCAGGGCAGAACAUCAAUCGCACGAUGAAAGAAACUGGAACCCGCAUUCACUUCCCAGAUCGCAAUCGCAUCAGCAACGAAGUCAAGAGUAAUAGCGUAAUGAUUCGGGGUGAACCAGCUAAUCUUGAAAAUGCUCGCCAACGAAUUCGGGCGGAUAUACCGGUCGAAUUCAUUGUAGAUUGCAGUUUUGAACGGAUAAAUGUCGUUGGCCAGUCGUCGCUCCUGCAAUACUUUUCAACUACAUUUGGCGUUGUGUUGCGUUUCUAUCCAAAGGUUGAUGGUGUCAACUGCCAGGUUAACAUUCGUGGACAUCAGAAUGGUAUCAAAGAGCUGAAAGACUCCGUAACCUACUUUAGACGACUAAUGCAUAAUAACCUGGACACCGUUGUAAUGAAGGUAGAGACAUCCUUCGACCACGUUUGGCUUAUUCGGGACCAUAUAAACAAAAUUGUGGCAGCAACAGGGGCUGGCAUUCGUUGCCCCGAUGUUUCUGUUUUGAAAGAUCUACCUAAAAAGUAUUGCGUUUGGAUCCGUGGUUCUUUCGACCAAGUUUACUUGGCCAGCUCGAUGCUACACGGAUUGUUGCCAAUGCAGCUGAUAGUUCAAGUUCCACCGAAUCGUGUUGGUUGCAGUUUUCUGGUUGAAGCGAAGGACGUCGAUGUUUUCGCCCGUUUAGAACGCUCCGUGGAUACUUUGACAAUCCGACUUACUUCUUACGAAUGGAAUGCACGAAAUUUGUUUGAUUUGCUACAACGCUGCCUGGAUCAACCCAGCAUUCAGGCCGUCAUGCCUAAUUUACCGUCGAAUUGGUUAGGAAUUGCCGAUAUAACUCGUAACACUUUCAUUUCAGCUUCCCAAAAGUUGUCAAACUUUUUGUCUUCAAAUGACAGCAGUUGUGCUCAACAAUUCAGUGCAAUGGUGAUUGAUAUGCCCCAAUCGUCCGGUCUUUCCGAUCAAACUUCCAGCAGCACAAGCUUGCCAUCUCCAAUAAACGAGACUUACAACCAACCAUCACUUGCAGCUUCUCGAUUUGACCUGGAUUCAUCUCGACAUCUAUCACAGCUCCUCGAGACGGUCGGGCUGUUUCAUUAUUCAGAUCUCUUUAAGCAGAACGAAGUUGAUCUGGCGAUGUUUACGACUUUGAAAGACGACGAUUUGAUCACUAUUGGGAUCGUCUCGUUCGGUGCCAGGAAAAUCUUGUUAAAUGUCAUUCAAGAACUGCGUCGCUGAUGUUCACGUCGUUUUCUUCAUUGUCAACUGAUUUAGACUUAUUUUGUGUUUCUUCCUGUUUCACUCACACGUCACUGUCAACCUUCGG